AUGCUCACUGGCCUCUCUUCCGCCUACCCAUCUGCCCGUCCGUCCGUCACCCAUUCACUCACUCAGCCAUCUACGUGUUCGCACACCCAUCGGUCGAAGAACGACUUGUCAAAGCAGCUCACCGAGCUCAAGAAUGAGCUCCCGAACCUCCAGGUUCAGAGGCCUGCUGCAACACUGUCCGCAAGUCGAUUGCUCGGGUCACGAGACCUCCGCGAGUUCUACGAGGACAUGAAGUGUAAACCUCUUGACCUCCGCCCCAAGAAGACGCGGGCGAUCCAGCGGAUACUCACUCCUCACCAGAAGAAGCAAAAGACCCUCAAGCAACGGGACAAGAACAUCCACUUCCCGCUGAGGAAGUACGCGGUCAACGCAGCAUGA